AUGCGUCGCUACUUGACGAAGGAAUCAAACGAAGACCGUAAGCUUCGUGAAUUGAUUUCCUUGUUAAUUUACUGGAUCAACGAAGAGCUGGCGGAUCAGCGAAUUGUUGUGAGAAAUCUGCAAGAAGACCUUUAUGACGGACAGAUUUUACAGAAACUUAUCGAAAAGUUAGCUGGAAUUCGUAUUGAGGUUCCCGAAGUCACGCAGUCUGAAGAAGGCCAAAAGAAAAAAUUGGAUUUGGUCGUUCAGACCGUGAAUCGCAUCAUUAGUCCAACUGAUCAACCGAAAUGGGAUGCAGAACUUAUUCACUCGAAGGAUAUCGUUGCAAUCAUGCAGAUCCUCGUUUCUAUGGUGCUACAUUUCAGAGCUCCAAUACGGCUUCCUGAGCACGUUUCGGUGAAGAUGUUGGUUGUAUCAAAGCACCAGGGGCAUUCUCGGUCUGAAUUUAUUACGGAGAAGCUCACUACCACACAGGGUGAGCUUGGUCUGAAGGGAGAAAGGGAUGCGUUUGAUACAUUAUUCGACUAUGGACCUGACAAAUUGUCUCAUGUAAAAACAUCACUGCUCGCCUUCUGCAAUAAACAUCUUAACAAAAUCAACCUUGAGGUAACUGAUCUCGAGUCGCAAUUCCAAGAUGGUGUUUUCCUCGUUCUACUUAUGGGUCUUCUCGAAGGAUAUUUCGUACCACUUCAUGCUUUUCACCUUCAGGUAACUACAUAUGAGGAGAAGAUAAAGAACGUUAGAUUUUCGUUCAAGCUGAUGCACGAUGCUGGUCUUCCAAAGCCUCGAAGUCGUGUGCAAGAUAUUGCUAAUGGCGACCUCAAGGUAUUUUACAUGUGA